GUUCAGAGAGCAACAGGUCUAAAUCCUGUCUCUCUGCACAGUUGUACAAAGCUUGUGGUUGUUGAUAAUAAGGGCCUGAAACACUGACUGAAUCAUUUUAUUUCAUACAUAAAAUUUCUAUAAAGUGGCGGAAGGAUGUUUCGGACAGCAGUAGAGCAUGCUAAGAGGCACCCUGGCCUCAUCCCCCAGUUCUUCUUCAUCUGUUUGGGAAUGGGCGGGGCAUCUCUGUACCUGAUCCGGUUGGCCAAAGGACCCCAUGUCACCUGGAACAAGAACAAUAACCCUGAGCCAUGGAAUAAUCUUGACCCAACAUACCAAUAUAAGUUUGUGGCCAUCAGCACAGACUACAAAAACCUAAAGAAGGAGGGACCUGAGUUCUGAAUUGCUCACCGGCCACCUCUCACAAACCAGAAUGAAAAACAACAAAAAAUCCUGACCUAGGAUUAGAUUCACUACCCCUCCCUCAUUUUACGUCCUCACUGCAGGUGGAAGGUGCAAUGGCUCCUGGAUCCAGAUCUCUAACCCUUUGGUGUCUCUAUGUCUGCUUGUUUGGUGUUUGCAACGUAGCUCAUGAUCUGGUCAAUGUCCGUCAGUGAAUGAAUCCUGAAUGCAUGUAUGAAUAGUGGCAAAAUAAAAAAUUUAGUAUUUUGACAUACUUUAUUCAGGAGAGAUAUGCACAUGCUUAUAUGCUUAUGUCUUAACUUUCCUGGUCUCUUUCACUUGUAUAUUCAUGAACUGAGGAGUAAACAACAAGGUUUAGUAACAUUUUGCUAUUUGUUAAAGCACCAGACCAGUGGUAUUGCAUUGUUUAGCCAAUUUAAUACAAAUAAUUAAUAUUAUACAUCAUAUCUAACUGUUUUAUUAACCAUGGUGCUGAGUUUUAGAAAUGUCAGUGCAUUAUUUUGAAUGUUUCAGGCAUUUGUUCACUUCUGUAAGAUAUGAAAAUCCAAUUGAUUUUUGUAUUGUGCAGAAAUAAAUGGAGAUGAAUAGUUGCCUGGAACAGAGCAAAAAAUACACACAACAAUCUAAAACUAUAGCAUGCAUUCAAAAAUGGUCAAACAUAAUUUGUAGUGUGUGCACUGUGGUGUGUUCUGUGUGAAACUUUAACUAUACGUAAUAUAAUACCUAAUUUGUGACUUGACUGCAGGUGUUGCUUUAUAGCUGGCACAUGAUUGUAGGUUUAGCAGCCACUAAAUUCAGCAAUCACUGUGCAAGUUAUGAAAAAAGGCAGAGAUGUAUAAAAUAAAUAAACUGUCUGGAUGAGA